AUGUUAGAACCAGAAGAACCCCUUCCAGUACCUUUGCGAAAACUAUGGCUUGUAUGUUGUCAGCCUCACAAGGAACUGAAAAAUAUGGCCAAUAUCCUGCACAGAUGUAUUGCGGACAACGAAAUGGCGAUUACGAGCCUUCAUUGUCGUUCCGAAGGCGACGGAAUACUUUAUCUCGAUACUCCCGAUCCGAUGAAGGCCAUGAAGAUAUUGUCGAAUCACCAAGCUAUUCGCCGUUUGAAAACCAGCCCGUACUACAAACUCAAUAUGAUGCUCUUGGAAGACCUGAUGGACAGCGUGCGAUCUCUUAUUCUCCUGCCUUUAGACAGCAGCUGUGAAGGGGGGACAUGGUUCCCCGUUCACGAGGGAGACCUUGCUCUGGUUACUGCUGUGUUUAGAUACUCUGGCGAGCUAGGUGUGCUGCUUCCUGCAUGCCAUACAGAGUAUUUGGUCAACUUGGGUGUUCCGUUCAGGCAAGGGGACUAUGGCAGGAAACUUCUAGCAGGGAAGAUGCUCCCUCAAGGUGGAGUAGCCCCCUUACUUGAUGCCGGCCUCAAAAUCGAGCAUGGCCUGGUUUUCAGGAUUAUCAAGGCCAAGUGUGUGGCACCUAUGUCUGGACCAUAUGACUGGCAAGAUAUCAGCAUUUUUGUCAUGAGCGAACACCCACUUGUAGCAGAGUUCUUUCCACAGAUAGAUGGGUUGGAGUUUCUCCUGGAUGAGAAGGUUGAAUCGUGGGAUGGAAUGAAGAAAGGGAAGGUCACCGUGGUAACAGAAAAGGGUGUGGAUAUUCUGACAGAUACCAUACCUUCGACACACGAGUUUCUCGGUUGGAAAGUCUUCAAAUGCUGGGAGGCUGAUGACUAUGUCAUCGCCCCACGACUUGAAGCAGAAGGUCUGGUAAUCGGAACAAAGAGCAACCAUGUGUAUGCAUGGUUGGGAUAUGAGAACGACAAUGACCACGACAAUGACUAUGUACAUUCUACUUUACAGCUCAUGGAAAUGGCUCUAACUGACUUCAAAAGGGAAUGA